AUGCCUGCAGCAGCAGCAGCGGCAGCAGCAGCAGCAGCAGCAGCGGCAGCGGCAGCAGCAGCAGGAGCAGCAGCCAAGAUUGCGGCGGCGGCGCCAGGGAUGGGGGGAAGCGCGGCCAUGCGGCGGUGGAUCUGAGUGCCAGCAGUCUUGCCGCGGUUGA